GAGGCCCCGUUUGUGGACAGCAGAGGCGUGAGGCAGACGUGCGUGAGGCCGGGGAAGAGCCCACACUGCCUGUCUCCAGUUUUAAGUGAGAAAUAGGUUUCUGUCUUAAGUGUAACUUUGUUUUUUCUGUUGCUACAGCCUGAGUUCCUGUCAAUACAGUGUAUUUUGGGCAUCCUUCGUAGUUGUUUCCCUUGGCAUGGUAUUUGAGAUGUAGUAGUUCAGCGCAUACAUAUGUACCCUUUUCCCUGUGAAGUAAUGAAGCUGGUGUGAUAGGUGCUAAUAUAUCCAGCUGUUCCAGAUGCUAUUGCUACUCAAAAAUUCACCCCAUUUUAUUAUGCUUACACAAGCCAUGGUCCGGAAUUUGGGUGGAGCCAGUGGGGACAGCUUUUCUCUGCUACAGGGUCGGGCUCAGGUGAAGGACUUGAAGGCUGGGUUCUGCACGCUGGCCCAGGGGCAGUGAACAUCUGGGGGCAUCUUUAUGGGUCUGGAGGUUGAUGGUGGCUGUGAGCCAGCUCUCCCAGGUUGCUGGUUGGAACAGCUGCGUUUGUGACAUCUGGUGGUCUCUUGAGGCCCAUCUGAGCCUUUGCGGCCUGGCAGCUGUGUCUUGAGACAGGCUUCCCUGGGGAGCCAGGGCAGAGCGCGGUGGUGUUAUGCCUGGUCUCGGGAAUCACAGUGUCGCUUGUCCCUUAGUCUCGGUUGAAGCAGUCACCAAGCUCCCCCUGAGUUCAGAGGGAGGGGAUGUAGCAGCCAUCUGUGGAAAGUAGAAUCUGCCGCACACACUUUCAUUCUUUCAUCAAGAUGGAAAAACUGCUUGAAAGAGACCAAGGGUAGCAAGUGGUAUUUUCCCUGAUGAGCCUGGAGCACAGGUGAACUGGCUGAAUGGUGCCAUGAAAGGAGCCCCCAGCAUACCUGUUAGGUCCACACCUUUGAAAGGUGUGUGUGUGUUGAGGUGAUGGCACAUGCAGUCCGCCCAUGCUGUAGGUACUCUGAUCCUUUGAAUUUGUAGAACUCUCUAGAGCUCUUCCAAAGUUCUGUCAUAUGUAUCACCUUGUUUGCUUCUCCCCAUUAACCUUGAGAGGGAGGAGAGACCACAGGUAACCUCGUGUUACAGGUGUGUGACCAGGACGGAGAUGAGAGAUGGUUUACUGCAAGCUGCAAGCCUGGAGCCAGCGAUGUUCCCCCACCCACCCCUGGUCUCCUGUGCCCCCCACCAGCUCCCUGCUCACCUGAAGCCAUGUGGUCAGCUAUGGCCUAUGUGACAGUGGAGGUGAGCUGUGUCACUCUUGAGUGUGGAAAGUGCAACUGAUGGGAGAUCCCUGCGUCUUUCUUUACUUUUGUGGCAGCCAGUGGUGCUUGAGACAGCGGCUUGUAGAGCAGAGCUCCCACCAGCUCCCGUUGGACGUGCGACGCAGAUAGUUGUUGAAAUUCGACAGUGCCGUGGACCAGUUCCUCAGGGCAUCGCACAGCAGGCAGUGCACGACUGCGGUGCCUGAGAGAUAAAGGGAUAAAAAUGAAGUCAGCCUUACAUUGCCCUGGCUUCUGCCUGGAGGCAGUUUCUGACAACAGGACCUGGGAGGAGGACCCCAAAGAGAGGCUGGCGUCCUCUCUGACUUGUGGACUCAAAGGUGAUCCAGAGAAGCCAGCCCAGGAAACCUCGUGAAAUGAACCACCCCAGGGACUUGCAGAAGUUCCCAUGCGGGAGAAGCGGGGACCAGCGGCCGUCAGAACAAGGUAUCUGGACCUUCAAAGUGAAGAACGCGGCAGCAAUGGAGAGGACCGACGCCGGAAAGCCGAAGCUGGAUGAAGACCUCACAGGAAGCACGGGGCUCCCGGGGACUCUGCUGGAGAAGCACGACCCGUGGCCUGCCUACGUCACGUACGUCUCGCCCAAGGUGAGGAAGCUCAUCCAGAAGAGCCAGGCCAGAGAGCUGGAGUGCUCGGAAGCCAUGCAGGAGAGCCGGCGCGCCCGCAGGCCCAGCACGCCGGCCAGCCUCCUCCAGCCGAAGAGGAGGAAGUCGUCCAAGGUCUCGGGCCACACGACCUUCAAGGACAUGAGGUCAGAGGCCAGGCUAUCGGCGUGGGGCCCUUUCUCCGUGUCGGCUGCGGGUUCCACCGUGAUCCACGCGGAUUCCAGAGCCAGCCCCACGGCGAACUCCAACAAGAUCAUCUUCUCCCGAAAGCCGACGGCGAGGGUCCUCCCGGGCAGCUCCCGUCUGUCCAGCACGCAGAAGCACUCCGGCGGCUAACGAGGGCCCCUGCGGCCGCCCCCGAGCCUGUACAGCAAUUAAGCUCCGUUUGCCACAGCCCCUCACCUCGGCCUUUGCCUUUGAACUUGCUCUGCUGCUGCAGGGCUUGGCUGAGAUAAACCAGGCUGACUGUGGGCUUUGGUGGAGGUGGGGGUGGAAGGCCCAGGUUCUGGAGGAGCAGGUGCUCCGGGUGCAUCUGUCCUGGUCCAGGCCGGAGACAGAGCCACACCUGUUGUUUUACCAGCGGUGACUGAAGAAAAUUUCUAAGUAGGUAACAGAAAAGGCAGGAAGAGGGUCCAGGGCUGUGGCUGGAGGUGGCGCCUGCAGGAAGCAGGCUCGGGGUGGGGGAGCAGAGCAAAGAUGCGGACUUGUUUAGAGCUGGACCCUGGAGACGGCCGUGUGGGCUGCAGCUCAGCCUUCUGAGGUUGGGCUGAGGGGCGCCUCUCUGAAGAUGCUGGAGUCCCUGACUGGGCAGAGAGCUGGGGUGGGGGGAACCCCUACCUCUCAAGAGGGGGAGCCCUUCGGCUGGUGGACCCCCUGAGGCUGGUUCUGAGUGUUAGGAAAACCGAAAACUGGACUCGAAUGUUUCUGGAAGGAAGUGACACUCUCCGGGUGAACGGGAAUUGCUGGGGAAACAGAAAGGGACAGGAAGCGAGUCAGGAGCCAGUUCCUCCUCCUUCCUUCAGCCUCCCCGCGGCGGCCGCUCCCUCUGGUACCCCCCCUGCCAGGCAGGGCCCAGACCUAAUAGGGAGAGAACAGGGAUGUGAGCCACAGAUUCCCGAAGCCUGCAUCUCAGAGCCAGUGUGAGGGGCUGGACUUGGAGCCGAGAGCAAGGGAGCUUUGCAACCUUCCCCCGGGGGUCGGGGGCGGGGUUCCCAGAGGAGCCCCUGCAGGGUCGGUAUGUGUUCUCCUUGGAGGGUUUACAAAGCGGCCCUGGGGGCCUGGCGCCCCCUGCUUGGAAUGGCGGGUCGGCUCCCCUCCUUCUGUAAGGCUUGCCUUGGUGGGGCGCCGUUCCCGGCUGGCCCCCAGCUGUGGUUUGUCAGUCUCAGCUGGCGUCCGUCCACCCGGGCUCUGAGCUGUUCCCAGUUGGCCCCAAAGCAAAGGGUGCCGGACGCAGUCUGGACGCACACAGGCCUUGUCUCUAGAUGCGAGGGCCUGGUCCUGACGGGCAGACCACCCGCCUCGUGCCUGUGGUUUGUCUCCUGAGCCUGGCUUCGCUGGUAGCUGCUCUGCUUUGCCCUCACCCCAGCUUCUGUGCUUAUGUAGAGGUUGCAGCGCGCUCUGCUCUAAAGGCCACUUGAAGAGGCGGAAUUUGCCCUAAAAAUGCAUUCUUUCCAUCUAAGGGUCCUGCAGAAACAGUUGGGCCCUGCUCUGGCUGCUGUGGGUAGUGUGGGAGCAACUGCGCAGAUCCUGGGCUCCGCACCCUUUGCUGGGUUCCCAGCUCUCGGCCAGAGUGAACUCUUGCAACGACAGAGGCGGUUUCCAGGGACCCCGCAUGAUGGCAUUUUGGGUCUGCGGCACAGUCGUACACCUGGAAGCAGGUGAUGAGUGGAUCCUCUCUUCUCUCCUUUGUGGGCGUUCGUAGCGGGAGGCUGUCUGGAGACGUCACGGGUCCUCGUCGAGGGUCAGCCUCGUGGAGGGUCAGCCUGGCCGGGGGUUCGGGAUCCUUCCCUCCAGCCCCUCGAGGGCGAGGCAGUCCCACGGUUUUUGUUUGGGUCUUGCUUUUAAUUUCUAGUUAGCUCGUAGUUUUACAGAAGUGUAUACUCUCCAGGGUGAAACGAUUGUUGUAUAGACAGCAUUGUUCAGAUUAAUUCACGUCUCAGCCGAUUAUAACCACACAAGCCGGAGCCCACGGACACCAGCGCCUGCUGCUGUGAUGGGAAUGGCCGUGUCUGCCACCGCCGUCCAGACGCUUUGCUGCCCAAAGCCAUUUUGACCAAAAAAGGCCCCGUUCCUUUGAACCAGGGGGCUCCGUUCACGGCCAGCCGAGCUGGGUCCCCAGGUCUGGCCUCCAGGCGGACUUGACCGGCCCCGGUUGUGCACGUGCAGGCAGAGGAGGCGGCUGCGAACCGCUUCUUCCUGGGGGACUAGCUCGGCCGGACCAGCAACGAAGCCUCGGUCCCUGCAGGAAGGAGGGUGGUCCUGAGGCCCCCAGUGCCUGCCGCUUAGAUUUGUCCUCUCCAGUCCAGAGGUCCAGACGCCCCUGCGCGUGUGGAGGGGCCCGGGGAGCCAGACUUAGAGAACUCUCUUGCUGAAAGCCUGGAAGGCCCUGGAGGGUCAACGCAGAGCGGGGCAGAGACGCUGCUUCUUCUGGAUGUCACAGGGCACCGGCGUGCGGGCCCCACCGCCCUGGGCGCGGCCACAAGCGUGGGUCUGCCGGAGCCCAGCCGAUGCUCGGGGAGGCCAGUUCUGCUCCUGAGAAGCUGGGAGAUGUUCCCGGGGCUCUGGAGCCAGCGUGGAGCCCUGCCAGGGGCUGGAGUGGCCGCCAGUGGGCGGGGCCCUCUCGGAAUGUGACCUCAGCUGCCUUUUGAGCCCAGGGGCCGCCAGGCUGGCCUCCAUCUGAUAGGAAGCUGGCUGACCUCCUCCCGCCCAAACCAGCCACAGCCCGAGGCCCACAGCCGCCUCUUAUUUACCUCUCAGCACCUGCUCGGCAGCAGAGUUGUUUCAGUUGGUCUCCCUGCUCUGGCCACAAAACACCAGAAUAUAUCUUU